AUGAAGGUCGAGAUGCUAACUCGUCCCAUCCUUCCAAAAGUUAAAUCACCAACAUCCGGCGAGGAUAAUAUAUUAGGUAAAGGGGGUUUUGGAACUGUUUACAAGGACAAUUUGGAUGAUGGGUUUUUGAUUGCUGUAAAGAGGAUGGAUGCUACGCAAAUGAGUGAUAAGCGUUUGGUUGAGUUUCAGGAUGAAAUCAAGAUUGUUAGGAAAAUUCGGCCCCGGAAUCUGGUUUCUUUGGUGGGAUAUUGCUUUGACGCAGCUGAAAAAAUUAUUGUUUACGAGUUUGUGUCUCAAGGCGAUCUUGCUACACGUUUGUUUUAUUGGAGAGACAAGCAUUUGUCUCCUCUUGAUUGGAUGCAACGGCUGAACAUAGCAUUGGAUGUGGCAAGAGGGGUAGACUAUUUACACACUUCUAUUGAACAACCGAUUAUUCACAGAGAUCUCAAACCUUCAAAUAUUUUGUUGGGGGAUAAUCUGAGAGGGAAAGUUUGUGAUUUUGGACUUUUACGUUGUAUAGAUGAAGUGAAAGAAGUUCAAACGAGUACCUUUGCCGGUACCAUUGGUUAUUGUGCUCCUGAAUACUCAGUCACUGCUAUGUCAAUUCAGGGAUCCAACUUUUUAGAGGAAAGGCAAGACCUUAGAACUCAUAUUGAUCCAGAUCCAAGGCAAAUCUCUCGGCCUUUCCUCCGAUCGAGCAACAUGCAACUGACGGAUUACCAUACCCUGCUCUCUCGAGACAAUUUGCAGUUAUCCCUAUUACGUUAUCUGAUUGAAGACUAUGAGGUCGAUGACAGAGUCAUGCAAGACUAUAUGGUAGCAAAUUGGCCAGUCACAGUUCGUGUCAUGCACUAUGACCGUAACUUCUUCAUCUUGAAGUUUAUGAAUCGUGAUGAAAUGCUGGCUAUUCUGGAUAAUGGCCCAUAUGCUGUCAAUGGUGGUUUACUAAUACUGCAUCGAUGCUAUGAUCAUGAAGAUCUGGUCCUGGAAAGUCUCAAGAUCGAGAAGAUGAGCAUCUGGGUCCGCCUGCAUGGGGUGCCUAUCACUUCCAUGAAUUACCGCUCCUUGGAGGCCCUGGCUAGAAGGGUUGGUGAUAUUGAAACCAUCAAACAAGAUUGUGUAUCUCUGUGCAAAAUCACCUAUGUCCAGGCAAAGCCGCUGUAUUCUGGAACACUUCGUGCUCACGCUCACAAAAAGAAGCAUAGUACUCGACUGCCUGAAUACAAAAUGGCGGCAAUGCUUGAUUUCUAUGACUUUGUGCCGGAUAAUUACAUCCAGGAUGGUUUCACCAUCUCUGAGACUGAAGAGCAAACUCUGGUUCCUUGGUACCCUUGGUCCCCACACAACCCUGAUGAUCACCAGUCGGAUGCUGAGAGUGAGGAGGAGGAUGAUAAUCAAUCGGAGGAUUCGGAUCAGGAUGACAGUGACUCUCAUGAUGAUGAUGAUUCCUCUUCUGGGGGCUCUGAUCAGUUUAUGGCUGCAGUUAAUGCUGAAAAUUUUGUUGAGGAAGAUGGCCCACCAGCCCCGGUGGAUGGCAGAUCCAGCCUUUAUGCAGGGGUAGCGGUUGAUUACUCACGGCAUGCAGCUCCUGCUGCUGGGGAAGACACAGAUUCUUCCUUUUCUGCUGAACCAGGUGACAGUCUUCACUCACUCUCCUCCCACUCUUUUGAGUUUUAUCAAGGUUCUGUACAUUCCUUCCCUGAUGAUGCUAGUGAAUUUUAUAUGCCGCAUUCAUUUUAUGAAAUUCCGGAGGUUCCUCCGUCUAAUGCUAUGCUGGAUAAUCCUUCUUAUGUCCCGGAUUUUAUCAUUCCACAUAUAUCUGAUUAUCCCCCUCUUCGAGACAUCUCCCCGGAUUGUGGUUUUCCGGGUUCUCAACCUAGUGAUGAUUCUCAUGUUGCCAUAGCUGAUGAAGUUACUAGUAAUUUUGUUUUUGUGCCUUCUGGAGUUGGGCUGUUGCAAAGACUUAGCACCAGGUCCUCUGCUGGGGGUGGAGAACUGCCACAAGGUAGAAAAAUCCCUAUUAACCCUAAGGGGCGAGCACAUUUUAAGAAGAAAGGCUUCCGUGGCAGUUCCUCCUCUGAUUCGGCUCCACCAUCUUUGUUGGAUGCAAGCUCCCAGACUGACAGUGACUUUGACGAAUUUUUCAUGCAAGCUCGGAUGGUGGUUUCUGAAUCAGUCCUACCAGAUUCCAGACACAACACUCAGCAAAGCUCCCACACCCAGCCUGCUUCUCAUGGAUGGUGUAUAAAGAUUGUAGAUGAGGAUUUUGAUGACUCUGUGGAUUCUGACACCUCAUCCAACUCCUCAGAUAGCAGGAAAAGACACUCGGAAGAUUAUCUUCUUGAUCUCGACCGCCCAGAGAAGCGAAGGUUCAACACUGAGAUACAUGAAGAGGUGCAAAGUCUCUUCCGCGAUUUGGAAAUGGCCUGGGAGGAAGGCAAGCAGCAAGCAACCACCUCAACUCAACUGAAUGGUUUUGCGGGGAUUGAACCAGAUCAAUCCCCUCUGUUUCAAUGA